CUUUCGCCAGUUCGAUGAUAGACAUUACACUGAUAGCAUCGUAUCAAUCAUUAGUAAGCCUGCGUUUGUCUGAGUGAGUUAGACCAACAACUAAUAAACAGCAAACAUGGCCGCCGAAGAGGAAAAACAAAGCGAAGCCACCGACGGAGAGCAGGAGGAGGCCGCGAAGGAAUCCCCCAGCAAGGAAAAGAAACCGAAAAAAGCCCGCAAAACCAAGGAAAAAACCGAUGAAUCGUCCGACGGGAAGGAAAAGCCAAAAAAGACCUACCCUCGGAACAUGGACAAUCCGUCCAUCCACGAUAUGGUCAUCGAAGCAUUGGACGUACUGGAAGAACGCAAGGGCGUUACGCUGAUUGCCAUCAAGCGCUACCUGGAGGACAACUACAAAGUCGACACAGUCAAACAGGCGGCCCACAUUCGCAAAAUUAUCACCAAGUGCGUAGACGAUGGCGAUAUCAUUCGGACGCGCGGUGCCGGUUGCAGUGGACGCUUCAAAGUGAAACACACCAAACCAUCGGUGAUCAAGAAGCGACGCGCGCCGGAAGACUACCAGGAACUGCCCAAUCCACCAAAGUCAAAGCCGCGUCCGAAGCCAGCAAAGAAGAAGGAAACGACAACAACCAGUACAACUCCCAAAAAGGGCGCCAUCGCCGCCAAGAAAACUCCAUCAAAAGUAACGCCGAAGAAAAAGGGACGCCUCGGAAGAAAAAAAUAAACCGUUGUUCGAUUCAGGCAUUUCCGAUCAAGUGGGGGUCAACAUAUUCCGAGAGGACUGAACGGCAACAGCAGCAGCAAUCAUGUGGCAGCUAUUGCACUUUUUCAAGCAUAAACUACGACGCUUUUGGCAUUCCGGAAGCGUCUAACAACGUUCCAAAAUCAGUCCUUGU